CUGUUGGAAUUCAUUAAACGUUUUACUGCACAACCCGACCGACGUACCGAGCAGUUAGAGGCCCCGUGAGCUCCGUCGCACACAAAUCUUUCGUCUUCACACACACAAACAGUAGUAGCAGCAGAAGCUCAAUCAACCAUCAAUAUGAAAUUUUUAGUCACCAUUGCCGCCCUCUGCCUGUGCCUGGCGUACGUUACGGGCCAGCAAUACUUUUUGGGACAGUUCCCGAGUCGUGCCCGCUUUGGAUUUGAUCCCCUGUCCCUGGCCCAGCCCUCAUCUGCCACACAACAAGUGCGGGAUCCCCGACAGAACAGAGGCCCCGUGGUGUUCCCCCCAUCCCCGCCAGAUGCAGUCGACGAGUCCAGCGGCGUGGUUGUGGGUGCCUCCGGCUAUGGCUUUGUGCCGCCCCAGCAAACGGCAGCGGUAGUGGCAGCAGCAGCAGCAGCUGCAGUGGCGGAUCCAACGUUCUUUGGCACCAGCUUCCAGACACCCGACACCGCGUAUGCGACAUAUAACUACUUCAGUAAUCCGUAUACCACACGGUUUAGAUACUUCUGAGGAUGCGGAUAUGGAUGCGAAUGUGAGAUGAUGAGGAACCAUGUCGAGUCAUGUUGUGUAGUCAGUAGCCUAAAUAAAACAGGAACUGGAAGCAGGAGAACAGAAGAAGUAAGGAGGAGGAGAAGGAGGAGGCGUAGGAGCAAGAGCUGGAGACUAGAUACAAUUCUUUUGUAAAUAAAUGUGUUAACUUUAUGGCAUGGCAGAGUUUAUUUUUUCUCCUGCACAGCAAUUCCCGUCGCACAAAUCUGGAUAAUGGGGGGGAAUCAUCGUCAUCAUCAUCGCCAUCGCCAUUGGUCUUGGAAUGCUGCGAAUGCGCUUGGGCAUUGCAUUGCGAGAAAUCUGUGCUCUGGCAGGGAAAUAGACAUGACAUGACAGCACAGCACAGCAGCGCAGCUCCACAAUUGCAUGUCUGCCGCCGCUGCCAUUGUAUGCUAAAUUACGUAUACGCCUAGGCAACCAA